UAUUGGUGUUUUGAAUUUCUGCCCAGCAAUGGAUUCCUUCUUUCCGUGGAUGACAGCUAUUCACAUACUGACUUUUCUACAGACACCCUACUUGAUACGAGGGGACUAUAAAAUCAUUCACCCUGAAUCGCCUGUUAUUGGAUUACUUGGAGAAGACGUUACCCUCCCUUGCCAAAUGAUAGCCACAAGUAUCCCUGGGGAUAUCAUUCUCCAUUGGCGUCUGGUUCAACCCCAGGAAAAUAUAGAUGUGAGUUCUUAUAACAGAGGAAACAAAGAAGAAAAAGAGGAUGAGAGAUACUGGGGGCGAACAGAGUUCUUUCACCAUGAAAUGAACACAGGAAACAUGUCUCUAAAGCUGAAGAAUGUCCAGGUCUCUGAUGCAGGGAAUUACAUGUGUCGAGUGGUUUCUGAGAACUGGUAUGAUGAGGUGGUGAUUGAACUGCACGUGACAGCUAGGGGUGGUGAGUCUUCCAUUUACCUGGACAAUUAUGCAGGCCAGGGGAUAGGCCUCACCUGCAAGUCGGAAGGAUGGUUCCCUAAGCCCGAAGUGCUCUGGCUAGACAGUAAAGGACAUAACCGAACAGAAAAGCCGAUCACCAUCAACAUAAAGACACCUGCUGGAACCUACAUUAUUGAAAGUUGCAUUAACAUAGAACCAGGAUCAGACAACGAAGUCUCCUGCAAAAUAAUCAACAACAUGUUAAAGACAGCGAGCGAGUCCAGAGUCCUGAUUUCAGAUGUUAUCUUCCCAACCACCUCCCCUUGGAUGGCUGCUUUCCUGGUCAUUUUAUUUCUUAGCAUGGCCCUUAUUGCUGCUGUAAGCUAUAAACUGAAAAAGACUAAUGACACAACAUCUCGCUCAGUAACUGAGAAGAAAACAAUGGAAGAAGAAAAAGAACGUCUGCUCUCCACAUUAGAGGAAAACAAAAGGACAGACCAAAUAGCAAUUCAAGACAUACGAGAAAAUAUUGAUCGACUCUCAGAAGAGCUGGAAUUCAGAAGAGCUCAGAGCUAUGCAGUUCCCAUCACUCUGGAUCCGGAUUGCAAACACCCAGAACUCAAACUGUCAGAGGAUCAGAAAAGAGUCUGGCAAGAACCUGCAUCUCCUGAGCUGGAUGCAGCCUCCGGGGCCCUGCUCGUGGUGGGGAAGGAGGAGUUUAUGGCAGGGAGGCAGUACUGGGAGGUGGAGGUGGGGAAGAAACUGGACUGGGAGCUGGGGGUGCUUAGUCAUUCGGCGAGGGACAGAGUGAAAAGAGAGAAGGCAGAGAAACUCCCUGAGGAGGGAUAUUGGUCUCUGAAGAGAUCCCAGGGAGACUUUUUUUCAAGCAUAGAAAAUGCUAAGAUUGAAAAGAAGGAUAUUCCAUAUGAAGUGAUUGGUGUAUUUCUGGAUCAGGAAGAAGGAAGAAUCUCAUUUUAUGAUGCAAGACAUAUGUCCCUCAUCACCACUAUCCCUGCAGAGUUUACUAAUAAAAUUUUGUAUUACCCAUUCCUCAGUCCCAGGAACAACACAGGCGAGCAGAAACCACUAGCAAUCCUCCCCAUCAGAGCCCCUAUUCCUUUAAAGCCUCUGAGAAAGGAAAAAUGAGCUCUAGUUACGUUAGAGAAGUAAAAUUCAAAACAGACGGGAGAAGGGAAUGUAAAUAUGUGAAACACCAGAAACAGUAAAAUAAGAAAAGUAGAAACUGGUGAUAAAAUAAAACACAUAAAAC